ACUUUGUUGAUGUUUCAGUACUUUUCAAGUCUUCGUCUUUUCCUAUUCCAAGUCCUGCACAAAAUUUCUACGUUCAGAUUCCAUAUACAGUCCAUCAUUCCCAAUGACAGUGCUUCUGCUAAGAAACUAGCAAACUCCAUUAUUGGUCAUGGAAAAUCCUCAUAAUUGUAGAACCCUCCAUAUCCUUUUGUUUUCUCAGCUUGUUCUUCUCCUUCAGUUCUCAUCCCUUCACUUUCUCUCUUUAGCUUAUGAACUCCAAGAAAAGUAUUUCGUCAAUUGUGGAUCAGAUGCUACUGUGGACCUCAAUGGUCGGAAUUUCACUGGGGAUUUGAAGCCUGAUUCCUUCUCUUUCUCAAAGGAAAGUGAGACUAUCAAAAGCACCAACCUUACGAUAUCAAGUCUCUACCAGACAGCAAGAGUUUUCAGUCAACAAUCCUACUACAAGUUCGAAAUCACUGAAACCGGUACUUAUCUGGUACGCCUGCACUUCUUUCCCUUUUCUUCGGCCUCAAGUAAUCUUUCUACUGGAAUUUUUAAUGUUUCGGAUUCCAGGUUCACUCUGUUGAACAAUUUCACUGCCAAGAUUAAUAGUACUAGCAACUCUGCUAUUAUAAAGGAAUUCUUUCUUGGAAUUAAUAGUACCGACUCCUUUAAACUAUAUUUUACACCUCAAGCAUCAUCUUUUGCUUUUGUAAACGCCAUUGAAGUCUUCCUCGCACCUUCAAAUUUCACCCCUGAAAAUCACAACAGUAAUCUUCCUUUACACACAACUUACCGAGUGAAUGUUGGAGGCCCAGAGCUCUCACCAGAUAAUGACACAAUAAGGCGAAACUGGGAAAAAGAUGAUAUUUAUCUGUCUGAUCCAAACUCUGCGAAGAAUUUCCAGAAAAAUACCCCGCUUUCUCACAAUAUUGAGGGUCAAGCUGAUGAUUUUGUUUUAUCUACUAAUUUUAUUGCCCCGGAUUUGGUCUACCAGACAGCUAAAGUGAUGACUGGCAAUUCCUCCAACAUAACAUGGUCUUUUAGUGUGAGCAGGAAUGCUAGGCACAUUGUCCGUGUACACUUCUGUGACAUUGUUUCUGAUUCCUUUUAUACUAUUGUGUUUGACUUGUAUUCGAAUGGCAACCUCCGUAAGCAGAUCGUUGGAUUGGAUUCCCCUUUUGCUAAAGCGUUGGUUACUCCUUUCUACUAUGAUUUUGUGGUGAAUGCUACUGAGUCUAAACUCAUUAACAUCAGUAUAGCCCCUAACUUGAAGAAUACAACAGAAAAAAAUGCCUUUCUGAAUGGGCUGGAAAUAUUGGAGAUAUUGGAGGGAACAUCUCUAAUUUAUAAUUUGGAAGAGUCCAAGAAGGUAAAUGUGGCUCUUGUGGUUGGUUCAGUUCUUGGAGGAGGCCUGUUUCUUUUCAUCAUUGGAUUCAUGUUGUGUUUGAGACAUAGAAAGGCGAAAAAGAGCAGAGGUGGGAUUUCCCACAACCUUGGGUUGAAGAUAUCUUUUGCUCAAAUCCGGUCUGCAACAAACAACUUUGAUCCGAAAAUGCAGAUAGGUGUGGGUGGUUUUGGGUAUGUUUAUAAAGGAACUCUCUCUAAUGGCACCAAAGUGGCUGUGAAGCGUUGUAAGCAAGAGGGGCAAAGGUCAGGCCAAGGCCUUCCAGAAUUCGAAACAGAAAUCAUAGUGUUGUCCAAAAUCCGCCACCGCCAUCUUGUCUCCUUAAUUGGUUACUGUGAUGAAGGGUCUGAGAUGAUACUAGUGUAUGAGUUCAUGGAAAAAGGGACCUUGAGAGAUCAUUUGUAUGAAUCGGAUGUGCCUCGCAUGUCGUGGAAGCAAAGACUUGAAAUUUGCAUAGGUUCAGCAACUGGACUUGAUUAUCUUCAUAAAGGUGCAGCAGGGGGCAUCAUCCACCGUGAUGUGAAGUCCACCAACAUAUUGCUUGAUGAGAACCUUGUUGCUAAAGUCGCUGACUUCGGGCUUUCGAGGUCUGGCCCUCUUGAUGAAACUCAUGUCAGCACGGUUGUGAAAGGCACUAUCGGUUACCUUGAUCCCGAGUACAUGAUGUCACAGCAGCUGACAGAGAAGUCUGAUGUGUACUCAUUUGGUGUAGUUCUUCUUGAGGUGUUAUGUGGAAGACCUGCUAUUGAUAUAACGCUUCCAAGAGAGAAAGUGAACUUAGCUGAAUGGGUUGUGCUGUGCAAGAAAGAAGGGUUGCUAGAAGAGGUCAUUGACGUUUCAUUGAAGGGUCAUAUUGAUCCUAGCUCACUGAGACAUUUUAUUGAGACUGCAGAGAAGUGUUUGCAACACGAUUCUUCUGAUAGGCCCACUAUGGCUGAGGUGCUGUGGGAUUUGGACUAUACAUUGAAGCUUCAUCAAACUGCGAGGCUUGGAGAAGCCCAUGAGGACAGCACUACAAGUGCUUCAUCAGCUUUUUUACUACCAAAUAUUCGGCAUUUUGCUUCACUUGAUUCGACAGUUAACAGAGCUGAUAUGAGGGACGAUGAGAUGGAGUCCACAGAAAGCGAAAUUUUCUCCCAACUGAGAAUCGGCGAGGCCAGAUAAAUUUGUUCAGUUUGUGACUUGUGAGGUAAGUUGACCUUUGUUUCGAGUUUCCUUGUGAGUGGUUGGUGUUAUUCCUAUGUUUGAUUGUAUUAGCAGUUUUAGCACUGCUUUAGUAUUAGUGGAGCAUAAGUCGAAGUUACAUUUUCUAUGAAAGCUAAACUGCUUCAUACAUUUGCUUUGGCCUGUAUGAUUAUCUCUUUCAAAACCCCAUUAUCCUUAUUAUAAACUAUAUAUUGAAUAGCAAAUAUAUUAACGGUAAUGCUAUUCAGAUUUCAGAUUCA